UUUUUUUUUUUUGUUUGUUUCGGCCUGGGAUUUGGGUGGUUUGUUUUUUAAACUAAUUUUUCAGGUUUUUGUUCCAGAAUCACUUCCAGACUCCAGACCGUAAAUCACCUGCGUUGACUUUUACUUUCUAUCCCUGGAAUUCUGCGACGUUUGAACACUGAAGAAUUCCACUUCCAGGAGUUUUCCUCCCUGUUUUUCAUGGACGGGUUUCGGCGCGUCCUCCUGGCGCUGAAGUCCAGAUGCUGACGGAGGCUGGUGUCUGGGUCUCCGCGCUCUGGUGUGCCUCGUUUCCAUUGGUCAGGACGUUUCCUCGUGCCUCGGUGUGACAUCACAUCCACCCGAGCCGCAGCAAAGCUGCUGAGAUUACACAUGAUGCUGGACACCGCCGAGGACGCGCACACUCUUCGGCGUGACGCCCAGACUGCCGUUGUCGUAAACAACACGUUUUAGCGCCGGACUUUCUGCGGUUCUCCGUGGAAAGAUCGCGCGUGGAUUUUCACCUUUGCGGUUUCUGCUGAGUGGAAAAAAUGAACCGUGCGUAGGAAUAUCGUCGAAGAGCUGUCACUCCCCCACCUGUUGGCAGGUGGCGUUAGCCUCACCCGCACAUACUGUAUUUACUAUGACAUUGGACUCGGAAAUCAUGGAGGAGAUCGUUAUCGACGUGGUGGGGGAAGAAGGAGUGAGAGACGACGGGGAGGAGCAGCCGCUGCCCCCGGACGAGUCCCGCAGCACCGAGGGUGAGGAGCGGGGCAGAUGCAGCCCGGUGCCGGUGUGUGCGUCCGCGUCCAGAAGCAAAGGUCCGGCGUCAGUGAAGCCUCCGUACUCGUACAUCGCCCUGAUCACCAUGGCCAUCCUGCAGAGCCCGAAGAAACGGCUGACCCUCAGUGAGAUCUGCGACUUCAUCAGCCGCCGCUUCGUCUACUACCGGGAGAAGUUCCCCGCCUGGCAGAACUCCAUCAGACACAACCUGUCGCUGAACGACUGCUUUGUGAAGAUGCCCCGAGAGCCGGGGAACCCCGGGAAGGGCAACUACUGGACCCUGGACCCCAACUCCUCUGACAUGUUCGAGAACGGGAGUUUUCUCCGGCGGAGGAAGCGCUUCAAACGACAGCACUUUCGUUUCGACCCGCUGAAAGAGCAGCACCUGGAGCCCAGCGGGUUACACGGCUUCCCGCACGGCACCUACGGCCUGGGGACUGCGGCCCUGCAGCUGCCCGGCCUGGAGCUUUACCCCUACCUCCAUCACCAGCCCUCACCCUCGCCGUGCGGCCCCGCCGCGGUCCCACCUGUCAGCAGCAUGGUGCCCGCGCUCUCCAGCUUCUUCUCCCGCGGAACACUCACAGCCAAAGCUUUCUUGCAGUCGAGGCCCGGUAUCGAAGCCUUCUCCCCGACCCAGUGCAGCGCCUACUCCCCGCCACUGAGCGCCGGCUCCGCCUACGGCUCCCCGGCGCUCCUCCACCCGAUGGCGGCUCCACACUUUCUGACUUUACAGCAGGAGUUUCAGAAACGGCACCGGGACUUGAACAAACAGAUAAACGCCGCCAUCCAGGACUGACCGCCGGGUCACGGGAGUGACGGUGCUUUUUCUCAGGUAACAGAGACGCGUUAGUCCGUCGGCCCGUCGGCCCGUCGGUCCUCGGUCCUCGGUCCUCGGUCCUCGGUUCUCGGUGCUCGGUCCUCGGUCCGGCCGUCGGUGCGGCCGUGAGGAGCGGACGGAUGUUCUAAAGAAUGUUGUAGAUAUUUCCAGAGAACUCUCCUUUCUCUGUUUUUUUUUUUUUUUACGUUUCUUUUUUUAUACAUAAAAAAACGACGUCCUCUUU